AUGGGGCAAUCAUCGUCAACAGAGCAAGUAUCACCGGAGCUACGCGAGGUACAAUCAUUAGCAGCAUCAACCGGAGCUCUCCCCGCUCUUGAAAAAUCAUUUUCUCUUCUAUCAGAUCCCCAUACUAAUUCUAUACCCCUCAAUUCUCUCCAGAAAUGCUUCAGCUUAGCUUUUGAGAACGGAAUAUCUGAACAAACUGCAGUGCAGAAAGAAUUGCCAGUGUUGUUAAGCCACCUGGGUUCUGCAGUAGUUGACUUAUUUUUCUUGGCGGAUAAAAAUGGAGUGAGUUGGAUUGAGUUCCUGAAAGGGUACGUGAAAUGCUGCGGAAGGACAGUUGCUUCAACAUCAUUAAAUAAUUUAUUCCGAGUUUUUUCCACUGCCUUUUCAAAGGCAGGACUUCCAGUUAAGCUGCAAUUCGAGUCAUAUGAGGAUGACUGUAAAAUCAGUGGGUCAUUACUGCCCAUUGAUUUGCUAUUGCUUCUUUGGAUUUGUUGGAUUUUGUUGUCAGAUUCUAGAAAGUUAAAGCUGAACUUACAAAAAAGCAGAGGGGAUUGGAGUCUUCCGGAUAUUUCCCAUUUGGUCUUAUCAGCCAUUGAAUCAUGUGCUGAAGGUGAUCAGAAAUGGGAUUAUUGGGAUUGCAUUGUUUCAGACUUGGAUGUUCAACUUCCUGCUACGAAGAUUCAUUUAUGGGCAUUGAAAACUGUACCAAAUCUAGCUGAUUGCUUUGUGCAAUUUGUCCAUGCGAGACUCUGCUGCUCGGCAACUCAAGAGGAGAAAUUGGAGCCAUCAUGCUCUUCUGCUCAUGAAAAUUCCCCAACAGAACUAUGCAAUACCAACCUUCUUAUUUCAGGCAGGGCCUGGGCCAUCUCACUUUCCCUGAGAAGUCCUAUAUACGAAGAGAUAUCAAAAAUUUGUUUCCCAAGUAAUGGUGGUGAUAUUAAUGAAAACUUACUCUAUCGGUCAUCUCUUCAUGGGAAAGGUCUGAAUCGAUUUUGGUCAAAUGUCGAGGGCUACAAUGGUCCAUUACUAAUGCUGAUUUCUGCUGCUCAAGAGGAUAAUAAAAAUACAAGGAAAUGGAUUAUUGGCGCACUCACCGAUCAAGGUUUCGAAAAUAGGGAAAUGUUUUAUGGAACUUCUGGCUGUCUGUAUGCUAUAAGUCCAGUCUUUCACGGAUUCUCAUCUUCAGGAAGGGAGAAAAACUCUGUCUAUAGCCAUCUUCAUCCAACUGGUAGGGUGUAUGAGGCACAUCCAACGCCGGUGGGAAUUGCUUUUGGAGGAUCCAUGGGGAACGAGAGAAUAUUUAUGGAUGGGGAUUUUGCUAUGGUUACUGUGCGCCACCAUGCAGUUGAUAAAACAUAUCAACAUGGUAGCCUUUUCCCCAAUCAGGGGUUCCUACCAGUUGAAGCUUCAGUUUCGGAAGUCGAGGUGUGGGGAUUAGGAGGGAAAAGUGCCAGAAAAGUUCAAGCUUCUUAUAAGAAGAGAGAGGAAAUUUUUACAGAGCAAAGGCGAAAAGUUGAUCUGAAAACUUUUGCCAAUUGGGAAGACUCGCCGGAGAAGAUGAUGAUGGACAUGGUGGCUAAUCCAAAUACAGUUCGGAAAGAAGAUCGAUGA